GCGGUUGAAGAUAACCCACCUUUACGACCAUCGUUUUUCAUAUGAACGAAAAACUACACAAGUAGAACCAGAUCAAUUGCUGCAGUUCCCUAUGCGACCACGAGAGGGAGCCCUAAAACCAUCUCCAUAGCAACAUCUGCUGCGGGCCCCAAACAAGUAUCACUUGCAAUGCUGUUGUUUUCAUUUGACGAUAAUGAUCCCGGUAAAUCGGAACAACGCGGCUUUGGAAGCAGUGGAUGACUAUGCGGAGUACAGAAGGAUUGUCGGUGAUGACGAUGGUGGGAAACUUUUCACUCCAGAGGAAUAUGAAGAGUACAAAAGGAGGGUUAUACCGCUACGUAUGAAAAACAGGUUGUAUGUGAGCUACGGUGUACCAGGGGGCAUUGACUGCAAGCAGAUUGGCCCUGAAACACAGUGCUUUUGUGAACACAGAUACAAGCAGCAUCAGACAGAGUUUGAGGUGAUUCCCUCUGAGCGACCCCUUGUUCUACGGUGCAAGGUCAGCGGUUGUCGCUGUUCUUCUUAUGACUACAUCCCUCAGGCCGGAGGCGUGAUGGUGCGCUGCAAGUGCAAACAUUUACCGGAGGAUCACAGUGAAGCUGCCGGCCACUUGUGCAAGAAGUGCAAAGUCUGCUCUGGGUUCCACAGUCCCUACACUUGUGGGUGCGGUCGACCCAGCUAUGAGCACCGUACCUUAGUUGAGACAAAGCAAGAGAGGCUGGCGAGAGGUCAGCCCGUUGGCAAAGAUGUUCCUUAUGCAGCCAUGGGGGGCCUGACAGGAUUCACCUCUCUGCUGGAUGGUUACGUCGCUAUGCAAGUCCUCAGCGAAGUUGAAGGCAGAGAAGACGACUGCCUGGAGAGGAGCUCGGCAGCGAGAAACCCCAUCGCCUCUGCGAGAAACCCCAGGACCUCUGUAAAAAAAAACAGCACGUCUGCAAGAAACCGCAGCUCCUCUGCUGAACCAUGCACCUCCGGUGUCUCUAUGAAACAAACCAAAAAUCAAUGAAUUGCAAGAUUUGCAUUUAAUUAUUUUGCCAUAUUGUUCAUUUCUGAGGAGAUGGUUCAACUCUUAACGUAUGAAAUACAAAAUUACAUACAUUAUAGCAUGUGUCUUUCCCAACAGGCAAAUAAUAUUUGGUUUGUUCAAGAGCAAAAUAAUUCCAAAUAUUUCUGUAUUUGUACUUUAUAAAUGUAACCCUGAUUUCAAGUUGGUUACAAUGAAUUUUGCAGGUUUUGCUGCUGAUUGUAGUUUUCAGCUUAAAUUCUCUUUUUCUGUGCAAUGAGAAUGAAUUGCUUGGUCAAACCAGAGCCAUGUAAAUAUGUUGAUUUUUUUUUUUUGUCGGUAAAUAAAGCAGCAGAUCUUCAGUUUUCUAGAUAUUUUCCUGAACAGCUGCCUAAUUAUUUGUAUGAGAUUCGCUUUAUGUGUGAUGAUAGUGUGCUUAUUGUGAAAAAUCCACCCACUCAACACGUCACCAAAAUAACACCAGAACCACAGCGCUCAGUGUUCAGCGAUGAGCGUGGCUUUUAAUUUAUGGAUAGAUGUACUGUCUUCGAUUGAUUAAUCCCAUUCAUCACGGUAGAUCAGCGGUGACGCGCGCUGCAUUAUUCCACGCUGUGAAUGCAGAUUGAACAUCAUGUGUUCUCCACCGGCGGCCCAGUUUCCCGCAUCUUUAGCAGGGAAACACAGUUAAAGAAGAUUUAAGUGAGGAUUUACUCCCACUCGGAUGUUCCUACUCAAGAGGACAGCGUUGGUUCUGGACACUACAUCUCCGGUGUCAGCGUUACGGUACCUCUGAAAAGCUAUUGUUGAAAGACGGUCAAGAAAAAGGACUGGCUAAGGAUUUCCACAGUAGGACGCAGUAAAUUCACCCUCCACUUAACCGGUGUGAUGUGGUGGAAGCAGCAUGCUCUGGGAUAAUUUUUCGUCUGCAAGACUUGGAAAGUUGACAUUUGCACAUUCAACUCAUGAACAGGAAUAGUCAAAAAUUAUUCCUGUUUAAAAAUUAAGAUG